AUGCACCAAGUCCACUAUCUUGUGCAAGAUGCAGGUUCUUGGUCAAGAUGCAUCACCUCUCUUGAUGAUGAUAAUGGCACCGCUGCUGAUGGUGGCUCUAACGGAGCUGGAGAUCGAGGAAAGCCGCCUGUGACAGCAGAACGCUACCCUUCCCCAUCAGCUCAUGGCCGCUCGCCAAAGAGCAUGGAAUAA